AGCUGGGAACGUGAAGAUUAUUCAAAUGAACAAUACAACCUGAGUCGUGGUAGAUUUCGCUGUUGAUCUUCCUUUGCAUUACAGGGCCCGGAGGGGCUGUUGGUGGUCUCUUCUCGCAUGUGUCUUUAGUAGCAUGAACAUGUCGAUGUCUUAUUUCGUUUACGCAGUUGUGGCCUACCCGAACGCGAAUAUUAGGGGUAAUUACUUAGUCUAGUUGGACUCGGAUGGCGGUGUGCACGCAGAAGCACUCAGUGGUCUUGUAAUCUGCACCUCAGCUCUAGCUGUGUUUGCUGGGAUCACGAGCCCUUGGAUCACGAGCCAGAACAGAAGAAGGUGCUGAUAGGUGUCGAAGUAACGAAGGCCUUUUUUCGUUUUUUUGCGAAGUGGAAGAGCGGCUAACAGGAGAGACUCAAGUCAGAGGAGGAUACGCAGUAUUUUGCACAGGCGGGCGCAGAGGACGGUGAGCAGAAGAGGGCGGCGAGCAGAAGAAUCCAUUCGCUGAGCUCCGAGACCGGAGGUGAGCAGAAGAACCAAAGCCUCGAAGCAUCUUCUGGGAGGCACAAUAAGUACCCACCUCCUUGGUAAGAUUACAACCUCUGGCACGACGUGUACCGUACAAGUAGGAGAUCUUCGAUUGAACCAGUACCAGUAUUGAAAAAAGAUGCCCACCACGGCUCCCGCAUCUGGAGCUUCAGGCUCACGCACCCUGCGCAUUUCCUACGGCGACAAACUUUUCGACUGGUUUGAUGUCGACGAGGAGAAGGAAAUCGUACUUCAAGAAGACGCUUAUUGGCUGAGUACAAAAUUGAAAGUUUCUGCUCGGGUGAAGAGAGAGUCCAAGAGGAAAUUCAAAUUACUUAUUUUCAGUUUUUAAUACUGUCUUCGAUAACGUCAAGGCAAGCGCUAACUCAUAUAUCAAGAAAACAAGACACUCUAAGUUCUCCAAAUCGCGCACCACAUCACUCAACCUCAGAUUAACGCACCCGAUGUAAUCAAGAUCUUGAAGGAGAAUGUUGCGCACUAUUUUCAAGUCGGGGUGGAGCAGCAGAUCCUCUUCGACGAGGAGGGACCGAUUACUACACCAGCCGAAUUACGGCGUAGUUUGAAAUGUGCCGGAAAGCCACGGGUCACGGUGGCCGACGCGAAGAAACUCAAUAAAGACCAUGCCGAACAGUGGCAGGCUUACAUGAAAGACGUCCAGCACCUGGUCACGAACAACGCGGAACUAAGUAAAUCUAUAGCAGGAAGAUACAUUUAGCUACGUGUUGAUUUUUUCCCAGGACCGAUAGAAAAUAAUACGGCUACGACUCAGGAGCUCAUGAUAUUCUGUAAGAAACGAAACUCACUUAGCAUUUUACGUCUGUUUGAAUGAAGCAUAAGUUGUAGACGUUUGGUCGCAGUACAUUACUUGUAGCACACUGCCACGACAACUUCUAAUGCUUCCAAAAUGAAAAUAUCAGAUGACGCCCUCACCAAAGCGUUAGUGCCGCCACUGCCAAUGGCUCCGCUUGGCGAUCACUUUGGGCGAGCGCGCUCCUUGACACCUCAGCUGCGACUGAAUAGGGGAAUCUCUCCGCAGCCAGGUAAGUACUUACAUUGCUCGACGUGUUAUGCUUAAAUGUCUUUUUUUUGGGUAGCGGUCUUGAGGUUAAAGCUACAGCACAGAGUGUGCAACUUUUCUAAGCACCCCAUCUUGAUUCUACCAAUUACAGGUCUCAGUAUGCCACUGAUGCCGUCUGUGCCUAUGAGGGCCCAGGCGUCACCAGCGACAGGCGGUGGGCGCGGUGGAGGGGCUUUCCCUGGUUUGAUCUUCGGGAACGGCGUCGCCAGCCAUGUGGGGGCAGCGGGGGGCACUGGUCACGGUAACAAUAACGGUGCGAGUGGAGUCGGUGGAAGCGCUGCUUACCGAGCAACGAGUGUGACGCCGUCUGGUACCACACAACAAGCAGGCGGCCAUGUGCCACCAGCCGCUUUUAUACAGGCGACAGCGAACACGUCAGCGCGAUCACACAUAGCUGCCGACCAAGUUGUGACGAAUGGUAGCGCGGUAUUCAAUGCUGCGGGGCAAAGAGUGUUCGUCGGGGGUCAACAUUCCGGCGCGAUGACUACCACGACUGCUGCAGGAGCAGCCGUUAACGGUACUGCACUAGGAGGAGCCACAAACAGUACAACAGCACCAGCUCAGUCGACGGUCGCGCCAACGACGACAACAGUGGGGAGCGCACCUCAGACUACCGGUAGCGGAAACGCAACGCCGGCACCCGCUUUGGGCGUAGGCAAUAUGAUUACGCCCCCAGUGCUUCGGUCACCGAUGAUACAGGCAGCAAAACUGAUGAAUUUUGGAGACCGAAGCAGCAGCGUGAUGAAUGGCGGAGCGCCGACCGCAAGCCCGAUGCCAGGACGCAGCUCUGGCACAACAACAGUAGGCUUCGCCACGCCUGCUCCCGCCGGAUUCACGGUUGGACCGACUGCGCAAACGAUGCCAGGGGCUACCGGAGUGCCGUCCUCGACUGCGGUUCCUGGUCUGGGCAACGUAGCGCCAAAGAAGAUCCUGGUUCAGGGCGCAACAAAUAGCGCUGUGAAUGGACAGCAUAACAGUUUGAUGGGCCUUGGGGGAGGCGUUCCUCAACAAAUGCAGAAUCAAAAUGGCCGAGUACAACCUGUUGCAGGUGGUGGAGUCAACACAGCCUCUGGAGUGAGCCCUGGUUUCAGUUUCUACCCUCACGUCAGUAGCGGAUCGAGCUCGACCGUGGGUUAUCCAGGCAGCAACAGCAGUUCUAAACAGUCCGCAGGUGCUCAGCAAGUUGUGUCCUCUGCACAGCCAACCUUAACAGGAGCUACAGCCACUGCCAACAAGCAAGUAAUUAUCGACUAUAAGAAUGUCAACGUACAACUGACUAGUAACAACAACUCAGGGGGUCUAGUAACACAAGUUCCACAGACAACCACCACCACAACUACGGUGAAGAAAAUAUCACCUUCUAGUUCACAGCCUGUGUUCACUACCACAAUUCCUGCGAACGCGGCACAAACGAUUAGCACACAGUUGCAUACUCAUUCGUCUGCCGCAGGGGCAGGUUUAGAGCAAGUGAGUAGCCAGCCUUUGCCUUACCCCGAUCACGGCGUGGGGACGCCGCCACUUACUGCGGCCGCUCCAUAUCGAAGACAUACAGAUGAAUCCACGGGACGACACGUACUUUACUUGAUGCACUAAUUUUACUUUUUGAUUAGGUUUUUUGUGUGUAAAAGCUUUUCAUCUGUGUACUUGAUUACAGCUGUCACUGAGUCUCGAUCAACACUCCCUCAAACAAGUGCAUUAUUUACUUCUAGUUCCCCUUCUUCUUCUUUUUGAUUUUGUGUUUUUCCUAGUUAGGCUGGCUCGACCACUAUGUAUUGUAUUUAUAAUCUCUAGCAGGGCUUUUCACUCACGAAUACACAGCAGGCGACAUCAGCGGAUGGUGAAGAUAAAACACCUGCAUCGGCAGCGGGUGGUGCAGUUGUAACCGAGCAGGUAGACCAGCGGCAAGACUUUCAAGCUGGCGCGUCUCAGCAGUCUGUGUUGACACACGAGCAAGCGUCUGCUCUGGCAGGUUCAACCCGUCCAGACCAGGUAGUAGAGCCAGUACAUGUACAAUCGGGCACUACCGGUCCUGAAACUACAACCACGGGUCCUGGUACAACAACCGAGCCGGUCUUUUCUGAAGUCUUUGCCGAGCAAAAGCAAAUCGUUUUGGAGCUAGACAAAGCAGAUCUAAGCGACAGAUUCGGUUUCUCAAGUGUACCUUACGCACACGGCGGACUGGAGAUCACAAGGGUGGAUAGAGGUAAUUGUUCUUGAUCUGAGCCAUUUUUAGUAUAAGGAAUACCUUAUUUUUUUUUUCAGAUAACAACUUGCUCUUUGUUAUCCCACCUUGUUGAACCCGAUUCUUAAGACUGAUGUUGUUUCUUUUUCUCAGGUGGAUUAUUGGCGCAAUGGAAUACGGUGCGCCGGUCAGGUGGUCCUAUGAACAUGGUGGGCGUAGGCGAUGUAAUCCUCUUAGUGAAUAAUCUGGGACCAGCCGAUGGGGAGGCAAUGCGUGGCCAACUUGAGACGUCGAGAAUUCAACUUCUUGUGGCAAAAAUGCGUGGCUAGACGACAGAUGCAAUUCCAAUUUCAUGCUCCUGUAUAUAGACAUACGCCACAGAAGUACAAGAACAGCCAUCAAGAAAAGUCAAUACAUGCUCAUCUUUUUUCCCUCUCUUUGUAACUAAGCACUGUACCGAAUAUUUAUCCAGUAGAUUCACUUUGUAGCCAAAGAAGUGAUGGCAUUUUCUUGCUUCUAGAUAGGACGAGGAAUUAGACGAAGACGUGCCGUCGAUAGGAAGACAAGACACAACAUCGAUCCGCUGCGCUCAGUACACGGACUUCUGCUCCACUAAAUACUUCACUGUACCACAAGAAAACUGACAACUCAUCAGUUUAUCAUUUUGCUCAGUUAUUUUGUGGUCGAAGAUGGUUUCUAAACAGUGGAUUCUCCUAAUAAAUCGGUUAUGACAUCACAGAAAGAAGCUUUUUUACCGAGCAACAGUUUCCCCUGUUUGCUCUGGGAUGCUUGUCUGACUGAUGGGGCCUUUUCCGUGCCUUCUUCGCAUACGUUUGGGAGAGCAGACGCGAGCA